UGAGUGAUAAAAUAAACAAGUAAGAGUAGUGUAUCUUGUAUCAUGAUGAUGACUAAAUUCUUCAAACUAAGACUAUUAGCUUGCAGCAGAAAACUAGAAGUUGAGAACUGAAUUUCGGCAAGAAAUAAAGCUGAAACGGGAGAGAAGAUGGCUAUACUUACGGAAAGAUUCUACCAGGUUGGUAAUACCUUUGUUGGUCUUCAGUCAUUCCCUGUUAUGGUCAUAUACCUCAUCCUCAUCGCUCUUUCACCGCUCUACCAAAGAAUGACCAAGCCGUACUCUCUCAAACAAAUCAUGGUAGUGUAUAACUAUACUUGUAGUUUCAUCAGUGGCUGUACUCUGCUGGGAUUCAUCACUGGAAUGGUCAAGUCAGGAUCCAUCUUUAGGAAAGAAGGAAAUGAUGUACUAGAAUACAGUUACUUCAUGUACUGGUGCACCAAGAACAUUGAGCUCCUUGAUACGAUGUUCAUGAUCCUGCGCCACAAGCGUCGUCAGAUCUCUUUCCUCCACGUCUACCACCACGCCAGCAUGGUCCUCCUCACAGACUUCGCCUACCACUACUCUCCCUGGGCCGGAAUUGCUUUCGGCCUCUCCAUCAACUCGUUCGUCCACGUCUGUCUCUACUACUACUACGGCUACACGGCCCAGAAGACACUGCCUGGUGCUCCGACCUGGAAGCGCCACAUCACCGAGCUCCAGAUCACUCAGUUCCUGAUAGGUUUGAUUCAUAAUACUAUAGGCUACCUCCAUCAUGGUUUCUGUGUGUAUUCGAUGUUCUACGGUGUUAGCAUGCUCUAUUUGUUCUCAUCUUUCUAUUACAAUGCCUUUUUACGUAAACGCAAAGGAGAGUAGAGAGAUUAAUUUGUACCUAAGAUAAAUAGUUAAACCAAUUCCAAAUCAACUCACACUGCAAUAACUCCGGUGCUGAUUUAACACCAGCCUGGAAUCUAUAUGUGUCCACACCAGAGAAAUAUUGAAACAACACCAGUUUGGAAUCAUACUGAUGCUGUUUUAAUACUAAUUGGUGUUGUACAGUAUAAACACCUAACUGGUGUUAAUUACCGAAAUGAAACUGGUGUUGUUUAACACUUCUCUGGUGUGGACAUAUAUAGAUUCCGGGCUGGUGUUAAAUCAACACCAGAGUUUUUUGCAGUGCACAGAAGAAAUAAAACCAUAGGGUAACCUUACUCCAAACAUUCCCAUGGCAGUCUUGGUGUUUGGACUUAGGCAUCUAAAGUUCGUACAUUGCAAUCAGUGUUGUCACAAGUAAGUUUCCAGUGAUGGAAAUUUCAUGGUGUGAUGCGCCCACUGCAUGCACAUUCUAUCUCACUGAAUCUGGCAGCAUGGGUAUAAAUUUGUGAUCACGGCUCGUGGAGUAAAUGAUUGCUCUUCAAUUGGGGUUGAUGUUACAUUAAGUGCCAGUAUAAAGGAUAUUUGAAUGGUGAAAGUUUUAAAAAUACUACUUGCGAUAUUAACUCUGUUCUAAUUACAUUAAUUCAUCUGUGACCCACUGCCUUCACUAAGUGCAUUAUUCCUUUGUUUGGUUACAGGAACGAUAGGUUACAUUAUGGAACAGGCCCGUAUUCUGAAGUUAGGUUUAAUAUAGACCAUAGUCUAACUCUGAGCUAAAAUUAUGGGGAGCCACAAACUACAAAAAUCUGCCUAUAUUGUAUAUUUUUCUUUUAUUUACUAUUUUGUUUCCCUUUGCUUUCAUUAUGAAGAAAAUAUUUCACUUAUCAUUCUAAGACAGUUAUAAAAGUAUUUGAGUGUCAUUACUUAGAGCUAAUACAUUGAACAUCUGCUAAGAGAGAUUUGUGUUCCAAUUGGCUCUCCAUAGUUAAACCACAACUUUAAACCAGGGUUCAGUUUAAUGAUAAAUUCCAGUUGUGGUAA